UGACUUCGGGUUUCGGGUGAUCUUUCCGGAUCCGCCACGGCCUCGUCAUGAUCGGCAUCGUUGGGGACUCCAACACCGGCAAGUCCACGCUGCUCAACGCGCUCCUUGGGCAUCGACUUCUGCCAACCAGCUACAAGUCCUGCACUUCCGCCGUGACCAGCGUGCGUUUGGUGGCCGACGGCGAGCCCACCUUGUCCUUUCGUUGGAAGGGGAAGGGUGAACACGUGAGGGGCCGCAAGGAGGUUCUGAGCCGCAUCAAGGCACUCAACGAGGAGAUCAGGGAGAGCGCCGACGCCAAGGCAGUGGUGGACCUCUGCGUGUCCUGCCAGCCCAGCAGCGCUUUGAGGGACUUGAAGAUCUGCGAUGGGUCCCUGCGUCUGGUGGAUAUGCCGGGGCAGGAUGAGACAGACAAUGUGGUGGUGAAGGAGUGCUUCAACCAGCUCCUCUCCAUGUGCCAUGGGCUCAUCGUUUUGGUGAAGCACAGUGCUGUGCGAUCGGACUCCCUGGCGGUGCUCUUGGACGGCAUCGCGGUGCAGGCGCCUCAUCUCUUCUCGACACCUGGGGCAGUGACCUUUGUGAUCUCUCAGGUGGAUGCUCUUCGUCAAGACGAAUCGGAUGAUGAGGGGACAGCGGCAACUGCCCAUGCCAUCAACGACCUCAAGAAGGAGCUGCUUCAGUACUUGGCAAACCGGGACUGUUUGAUGCUCUUCCCCGGCUUUUUGAGCGACGUGAAGGUGCUGUGCGUCUCAGUGGACCCGAAGCUGACAGGGGGCCACGAGUUCGGGCAGCUGGUGGAGGCUGUGGCGGAGCUGCACGGCAUCAUCCAGGAUCUGAAGGCGGCCAGACAGGUGAAGCUCUGCAAGGAGAUCUACGAGACCAUGGUAGACCGGCUGGACGUCAUCGGCCGAGUAUAUCCCGUGCGGGCGGAGGAGGUCUUGGACAACGACAAGCAGGAGAAGAACAUGCGUCAAGCCACCAUGGCGGUGGCCGCCGCAUCCUUCCUGGUCACCAUCCCCCUGGGCGCCUGGGGCGUUGCCAUGGCCUGCGCCGUGCGCUGUGCCGCCGCAGGCACCGCCUUGGGCGUGGGGGUAGUGGCCUCUGCAGUCAAUGCGCAGACGAAAUGUGACCAAGAGGAAAGCCAGGACACGCUGGGGGGCGUGCGCUGCUUGGGCGCCUCCCUCUUUGGCGCCAUGGGCGCGGAGCUGGCGAACCAGCGUGUCUCCUUUCAGCGCACUGCCGCCAGCAUCCUGGAGGGCAAGGUCUACGAGGACACCCUUCUGGACGCGGACGGGUGUCCGGUGUACAUCGGGGAAUUCGUGGGAGACGUUCCCCACGGACAAGGGCGGCUCUUCUGGAAGAGUACCAACUUCGAGGCCUUCAUCGGAACCUUCAAAAACGGCCAGCCCCGCGAGGGCCUCUUCAUCAACGAGAAGGGCUUUUGCGUGGCCAAGUGCCAGGUGAGCGCAGGUGGGGAGGUGAAAGUAGAUGGCGCGCAGCUGGAUGAAGAGAACUCCCUGCUAGUGGAGGAUCAACCGUUGGAGUCGCUGGACGACUUCUUGGGGAGCAAGGAAGUGUCCAACGAGGUCGUCGACAUCUCCAACGAGUCGAGGGCGGGCUACAAGGGCUGCUUGGCCUCGGGGUCUUUGGAACCUCGAUUGGGCCGAAUCCGUGGAAGCCCUCGCGGAGAGGCGAUGCAAAGCUGACAAGGCGCCAGUGAAGCGCUUGGAGCUUGCGAGUCGCGCGAGUCACGUCCCGCUUGAGUUGCCGAUGUCAGGCAUCCCCAAGUUGUGUUUAAAUUAUCGUGAGUGUUCUAAAUUAUGAG